CGAGAAUUCUUACCACAUGGAAAGCGGAAAGCCUGUAAUGUGCGGAGGUUCGAUGCCUCACGCAGUGGAUGAUCGAGUCGUUGAGAUCACUCAGAAAAUGAAGCCACUUGUCGAAAAGAAGUACGAAACGACCUUUUCUACUUUUAAGCCUGUUGCCUGCCUGUCUCAGGUGGUUGCAGGCCUGAAUUACUUUGUGAAGGUUGAGACGGAUAAGGGAACAUACCACUUGCGCGUAUACGAUCGAUUUGGCGAUCUUCAAUUAACAGAUGUAAAGGAAGCGACCGCAGAGGAAGAUCUUAUAUACUUCUACCACCCUUUGUUCAACAAACAACUCUAA